AUGGAAACGGCGGAUCCUGGAGCUAGGCAAAGCGGUCCUUCUGCCAACAUCCACGACAGACUCCCCCCCCCUCCUCUCCAUCACCAUCACCACCCACGCCCAUCCGACCACGAACCGAUAGCCAGGAGACCACAGCUCAGUCAUCCUAGCAUGGCUACGGCGACUCUUCUGCACCCUUCCUCUGGCUACCCUUCGCCAGCAAACCCAUACCCGUCGGGUCCGUCAGGCUAUCCGCCGCCCACAAGCAUGAUCUCGUCGGUCGAUCCGCGACGGCCUCUGUCCGAGGAGAGUGACCCGUCCAAGCGCCAGUCCCUCCCCUCCAUCUCCGAGGUCAUCUCCAACACCAAGUCGACCCAGUACGCCAACCCGCCGCCGCCGCCGCCUCCCCCCCCGGCCAUCCAGCCUCCCAGCAACUACUCCUCACCCUUUCCCACCUCGCUACGGUCCUACGCCGAGGCCGACAAGCAGCCGCAGCACCCUUCUCCCCAAAGCUCUCACCCGCCUCCAUCCUUCCCUCCCGCUCCCCCUCCUCAACGGGAGCACCUCCCCUCGUUUACCGACUCGCCGAGAUCCUCGUUCAAUGGUCGCCACAGCCUGCCGGCCGUCGCCGACAGGCGGUCGAGCCCAUCGGUCAAGUCGGAAUACCCGCCGCACCCCUACGCCGGCGAGCCGCAGAGGGAUCACCGCCCGGUGAACGGCGGCCCCUCUCCCUAUCCGCCGCCGCCGCCGCAGCAGCAGCACCCGCACCCGCACCCGCACCCGCAGCAGCAGCAGCACCAGCACCCUCCUCCCCCGCCCACCUCUGCACCGCAGGCGCCCACCCCGUACCACACGGCGUCCCUGCCUCACGGCCAGAUGCCCCUCCCGCAGUACCCCGCCUCGCCCAGGCACGGUGGGCCUCCGCACAGCUACGCUUCUCCCUACGAGCAGCGAUCCUCGGUGAGCCACCCAGAGGAGGCCGAGAGGGCCGCGCCUAGACCGCCCUACGAGCACUCGGUCUACACGACUCCAUGGAACUAUGGUGAAUCUCUCGGACGGGUACGCACUCCUCCCUCUCGGCCCCCUGUUGCAGACGUGGAGAGAAGCAGCAGCAGUACUGACAUUGAACCCUCGCAGCUCGCUCAGUCGUCGCACACCCUCUUCACCUUUGCCGAGGCCUACGCCCGCUUAGCCCAGGAGCAGCACGGUGCCCACCCGAUCCCGGAACGGCUCCCCACCGAGCAGGAGGUCAACGACAUGCUCUCCAACUCGGACAUGAUCCGCACCGCCCUGGAGCGCGUCAAGGAGGUGGUGCAGCAGUCUAUCCGCAACGAGCGCGCCCGCGAGCAACCGCCCAUGAAGCUGCCCUACGAAGAGCAGGACAUGACCAUGUACGAGGUCGGCAAGCCUUCCUGCCCGGAUCCCAAGAAGAGACGUGGCCGUGCCGCUCCUCCCGGAAGAUGCCACAGCUGCAACCGAGUCGACACCCCCGAAUGGCGACGAGGCCCCGACGGAGCCAGGACCCUAUGCAACGCCUGCGGCCUCCACUACGCUAAGCUGGAGCGCAAGAGAAAUAUCCGACCCAAGCCCGAUGAUAGGGUGUAG